AUGAAAAAUUUUGCUACAAAUCCUAAAAAUAUUGGUGGAAUGAAAAUUCUUAAUGAUAAUAUGUUUUUACAUCAUAAAGCACUUAUUGAUGUUAAACCAGCUAUUAAAAUAAAACCACCUAGACCUGUAUAUUAUUUUAAAAUAAAAAGCAUGUAAACAAUAUUAAAAAAGUUAAUCCAUAACAGCCAAAAGAGAUUGACCUUCCUAUGUAUAAAAAUAAAAAAGAAUUUGAUUAAGUUAUUAAGACAUUUUAAACUGUGAUUGGCAUGAAAAAAGGUAAAUCUUUUUAAACAAAUCAGGGAGAAUUGAUUCAGAUGCUCCUAUGACAAUGGAAUUUAGAAGAAAUAUUUCAGGAAAUGCAACAAAAAAAGAGAGAUUUGAAAGAGAUCAACAUAUCUUAAAUUUACAAUCUUAAUAUAGACGUAUUGCCAGUGCAGGUAGUAUGUAAGAAAGGAAGAAAAAUUCUAAUGAUCCAAUAGCACACCCUCCAAGAUUCUUUAGAAGAGAAGGUGAAACUGUUGCUAAUAUUCAAAUUGAUAAACUCUUACAUCAUUUUGUAUUUAUGAUAUUACUAUUACUUUUAUUAGACAAAAGAAUAAAGAAUGCUUGAAGAAACACCUAAUAGUGAACUCUCUUAAAAAAUUGAAGAAUUAAAUAAAAAGAAAGUACAACUUACAAAAACUAAUAAACCAAGAGCAUAAUCAGCUAAACCUAAAAUAUAAAAAUCUGAAUCAUCAAAUAGAAUGAAAACUAGAAAUGCUGAUGAAAUUACAACUGAAGUCAAAGAUGUCCCUAAAGUUUCUUCCAAUACAGAAGAAGAUAUUGAAUUAUUACGUUAAAUGCUCAUAAGUAAUCUUAAUACUUUAUUUAGGAAUUAUAUUUCAACAUAAAAUAUUUAAGACCCAAGAUCUAGAAACCUUAUUUGCUCGUGUUUUAAAUCAAAAUCAAUAAAUUGAUUUGAUCAGAGCAGAAAUACUUUUUGAAAUGAUUAGAGAAUAACUUAAAUCACAAUGA